UAACGUCUGGGCUACCUGUGUGUAACUUGACGCUCCUCCCUGCAGCUGAUGGAAUUGAGCGCACUGUCCCUGUGGUAUUAGUGCGGUGUAGUCCACUAUUCCGCGGGUUCAGCGGUGUCAGCUGGAAUGAAGCUGUGUAACGUGUCGCACCUGACGGACUUCCAGACGCUCCACACGUUCUCCUCGUCAUCUCUGCAGAAGAUGGUGACUGGCGGCUAGUUCCAACUUCGGACUCCCUGUUUUUUUCUGUGGGCGAAGCGCACUCAGAUCAAUUGAGAGGCCCUGAAAUGACGGAAGUAGAGCCAGUGUUGGACUUUGCCUCCUCAGGGCGCUCGGGGAGGCGAAACGCUCUGCCUGAUAUUCUGGGCUCUCCAGCAGGUGUAAACCCUGGUGACCUGCCUCUUAAGCUGGCUGAGCUGUCCCUCAAAGAUGGUCCUGGAGGGGCCCAGUCACCCACAGUGGAGACUCCAGCACCGCCAGAGAGCUCAGAGGGCAAAGAGGGAUCAUAGGGACUUGUUUAUAUCCCUCCCCGUAGGCCUGCAGAGAUAACCUGAGGGAUAGGAUGAGGAGCUAUACAGGGGGUGACUUGUGGGAGAAAGAGCGAUGAUCUGUUAAAAGUCAGUCUGUGUGCGGAGCGACCGAGCCAUGCAGGGAGAGUGACGGUGCAACUGCCCAAGGGCUGGAGCCAGGAGCUUAGGACUGCUUGGCACUCAGCACCCUCUGAAAAGGGUCAGGCGUCACUUAGGCUACAAACCAGUGAGCGUGUGUGAGUUACACACUCACUACAGACACUACACUAAGAAUCGAAGGGACCAUGACAGAUUGUAUAUUGUACACAACUAUUUUUGUAUGAUUUAUUUGAAACAUAAGUCAAACUGUAUAAUUUCCUUGUAUU